CGUCAAUGUGGCGAGCAGGACUCCGGCGCAGAGGAGUCGAGAGGAGCGCUGCAUUCAGGGAGGCUCCGACGCGCUCGUUUCUCCGCGCACGACGCCCCGGAUGGCCGCUUAACCGCCCGCGCGAUCCCUGCUUCACACGCGCGCCGCGUGACGCGACCAAGCGGAUAUUUGCGCUCACUUUUGCCGGAGUCGCAGACAGAAGCGCUACAACAUGAAAUACAAAAACCUGAUGGCCAAAGCGUUGUACGACAACAUGCCGGAGUCCCCCGAGGAGCUGGCCUUCCGCAAGGGGGACAUCCUCACCGUCAUCGAGCAGAACACUGGAGGCCUGGAGGGCUGGUGGCUCUGCUCCCUGCACGGCCGCCAAGGCAUCGCCCCCGGCAACCGCCUGAAGCUGCUGAUCGGACCCAUGUUCGAGGCCCAGGCGCCGGCCGCCGCUGCCCAGUCGCCCCCUCAGAGCUCGGCGUACCAGCAGAAGGCGGGCUCAGGGGGGGCUCAGGGCAUCUACCAGGUGCCCCCGUCCCUCCAGAGUCCGCAGAGUCAACAGAGCAUCUACCAAGUCCCCCCGAGGAGCACUCUGGCCGCUGAUAACCCCCCGAGCAAGGUGGUGACCCCGACCAGAGUGGGACAGUCCUACACCUUCAGCCCUGGCCAGCACAACCAGCAGGACCUCUACGACGUCCCGCCCAGUAGAUCACAGGGGGUGUAUGAUAUCCCUCCGGGUCAGAUGUUCCCCGGCGGCAGAAACCAGGGAGUCUACGACGUGCCCCCGUCUCAAAUGGACCUCAGGACGCAAGGCGUGUACGACGUCCCUCCGUCUUCUCAAGGGGUGUACUCUGUGCCCCCCUGCAGGAGCAACCCCGCCCUCCAGGAGGGCAACUACGACUUCCCCCAGCCUCUCAAGCACAAGCAGGAGGGCAUCUACGACGUGCCGCCCGCCGCCCUCGGCAAACCCUCCCACAGCCCCCAGUCGCAUUACGACUUCCCCCCCGCAGCGCAGCCCUCCGCCCGGCACCAGCACCCCAACGCCAACGAAGGCAUCUACGACGUGCCCCCGCCCGCCCUGCACUCGGGGGCGGGGUCCCCGAGCGACGUGUACGACGUCCUGCGGGGGAUGCCGCCCUCGCAGCAGCACAGGACCCCGCCGGCCGACCGGGACCGGAGCCAAAGCGUCUACGACGUCCGUCGGGAAGCCCGCGCGGCCGGGGACGUGACGGACGGCGUGAACCGCCUGUCCAUCUCCAGCACCGGCAGCACGCGCAGCAGCAUGUCCACCUCCUCGUCCUCCACGGGCUCGGCCGCCGAGGGCCGCCUCGGCCUGGACGUGGACGCGGCGGUGCAGCGGCUGCUCCGCCUGCAGCAGGCCGUGGAGGCGGCGGUCGGCGCCUUGCAAUCGAUGGCGGCCUCCCCUCACUGGAGGACUUUCCCCUUCAUGGAGCGCCAUGGCAACGACGUCCGCGCGGUGCUGGACCGCGUCCGCGCCGCCCUCGGGGAUUUGGUGGCGUUCGGCAGAGGGGCGGCGGCGAACGCCGCGGCUCUGUCGGACGCCGGCCUGCACGGCAAGCUGAGGCGGCAGCUGGCGCGCCUGGAGGACUCGCAGCAGAUCCUCCUGCAGGUCUACCAGGUCCUGGAGGGCUGCAGCUGGGCCCUGAACGCGCUGGCGUCCGCCGGCAAGCACCACAACAAGAGCGACGACCUGGACCGCUUCGUCAUGGUGUCCCGGACGGUACCCGACGACGCCAAGCAGCUGGCCUCCACGAUAGGCAGCAGCGCCGAGCUGCUGUUCAGGCGGACGCACGCCGACGGCUCGCUCUCCGCCGGGAGCACGCCGGAGGAGGGCGCCGCCCACCCGCUCGGCUCGCCCCCGUCCGAUAACAACAACUACGGAGGGCAGACCAAGCCGUUCCCCGUGUGCCCCGGCCAGGACAAAGAGCACAUGAACAUCAGCGAGAAGUGUGUGAAAAGCUGGAUGGAGGACUACGAUUAUGUGCACCUGCAGGGCAAAGAGGACUUUGAGCGUCAGCAGAAGGAGCUGCUGGACAAAGAGAACAUCAUCAAGCAGAGUCAAGUGCAGCUGGGCCAGGAGCAGAUCAACCAGUUCAAGAAGCUGGAGCAGGACGUGAUCAAACCGGUGGAGAACGACGUCACGCAGUGGAUCUCGCACAAGCACGCCGGCGUGCCGCCGGCCGCCUCGGACUCGCCCCCCGCCCCGCCCCCCUCCGCCCGCCUGUGCGCCCGGGACCGCCAGCUGCUGGGCUUCUACUCGGAGCAGUGCGGGCAGCACUUCGCCACGCUCCUCGACGCCGUGGACGCCUUCUUCGGCUGCGUGGGCGGCGAGCCGCCGCGCAUCUUCGUGGCGCACAGCAAGUUCGUCAUCCUCAGCGCCCACAAGCUGGUCUUCAUCGGGGACACCCUGUCCAGGCAGGCGUCGGCGCCCGAGGUGGCCAACCGCGUGAUGAACUCCAGCAACGUGCUGUGCGACCUGCUGAAGACGGUGGUGGCCGCCACCAAAACGGCCGCGCUGAACUACCCGAACACGGGCGCCAUCCAGGAGAUGGUGGACCGGGUCACCGACCUGUCGCGUCACGCGCAGCAGUUCAAAGAACAGCUGGCCGGUUUGUGACUUUCACACAGGACACGGACUGCGUGUGUACAUUGAUCUAGUACAAAUAUAUAUUUACAGUAUAUAUAUAUAUAUAUAUUGCUUAUCUCUGCGUUUUGGAUGUUGUAAAUAGUACCCGUUCUGUAAAUAUAUGCUCUAUUUUUGUGUAGAUUGUUUUAUAUGAUGGUUUGAAUAUACGUGUGUAGGUGCAGUAUCAUGUAGACCUUUUCAUAACAUUCCUGUGGCGUGUUCAGAAGCACCUUAUGAGAUGUGAGUGUUUCUGCUUUGUUCUCCUCGUGUAGUCGUGUUGUCUUACUGCUGUUGUGACAGUAAAUCUCCUUGUAAAUCA